AUGACAGAUUACUGUAUGGCAUUAAAAAUUAUUAAAAAUGUGGAAAAAUAUCGUGAAGCCGCUAAACUCGAAACUAAUGUUUUAGAGAGAAUAUCACAGAAGGAUCCACAUUGUGAUCAUUUAUGUGUUAAAAUGGUUGAUUGGUUUGACUAUCACGGCCACAUGUGCAUCGUUUUUGAAAUGUUGGGCUUGAGUGUUUUCGAUUUCUUGCGUGAGAACAACUAUGAACCGUAUCCAUUGGAGCAAGUACGGCACAUGGCCUAUCAAUUAUGUUAUGCGGUCAAAUUUUUACAUGACAAUCAUUUGACACAUACCGAUCUUAAGCCAGAAAAUAUACUUUUCGUUGACUCAGAGUAUGCAACACACUAUAAUCAUAAGCUAAAUUGUGAAGUGCGACGUGUCAAAAACACUGAUGUCCGCCUUAUUGAUUUUGGUUCAGCUACAUUUGAUCAUGAACAUCACAGCACAAUUGUUUCAACACGUCAUUAUCGUGCACCAGAAGUUAUCUUAGAAUUAGGUUGGUCACAACCUUGUGAUGUUUGGUCUAUUGGUUGCAUUCUAUUUGAACUGUAUUUGGGUAUUACACUAUUUCAAACUCAUGAAAAUCGCGAACAUCUUGCCAUGAUGGAGCGCAUACUUGGACAAAUUCCUUAUAGGAUGGCACGCAAAACUAAAACUAAAUAUUUCUACCACGGUAAGUUGGAUUGGGAUGAAAAGUCAUCAGCUGGACGUUACGUUCGCGAUCAUUGUAAGCCAUUAUUCAGAUAUCAAAUGAGUGAUACUGAGGAUCAUUGUGAACUCUUCGACUUAAUUAAAAAAAUGCUUGAAUAUGAGCCAUCCCAACGUGUUACUUUAGGUGAAGCCUUGAGGCAUCCAUUUUUCGAAAAACUUCCACCUCAUCAACGUAUCGGUGAUCUUGGUAACACUAAACAAAAUACCUCAUCAGAUAUCGAUGGGCAAAUACAAGCUGUUGAUUUACAACUAUUUUUACAAGCUAUGGAAUUCAAGAAAAUUAAAAAAUAUAAAUAAUAUUACUUAUUUUGAGUGAAUUUUUUUUAAGAUUUUAU